AGAUGAUGGGUCUUUAGAAGGAAUAAAGUCAAGGUGGAAGCUAACAGUAUAAACCCACGCUGUGAGUUUAUAAUGAAGAAUAAGAUAAUACCACGUUUGAUAAGACCUUCAUAUAAGUGUUUGUAAUCACCCGUAUAUGGAGCUGUGGCGGCUUUAUUGGGAUUCAACUUUGCUUGCGAGUUCCAAAUUUCAAAACUCAGGAAGCUCCGAAGCUGGUUCGGUGGUGGCUAUUGAGAAGUGUUGGCGGCCGGCCGUGACUCUUUGGUCGAGAGUUAGACGGAGUUUAAGGAAAAGAUCAGCAUGCAAAAGGAAAAGAUGACUAUUCCAAUCUCUGAUUCGAGGUUAUUGGGAGGAUUUUUCGUUCAUUAUUGUUCCGAAAAUCCAGAACUCGAGAUAAGUAUCUUC